AUGUACCGUGGCCGUCAGCGCUCCACAAUCCUUCACGCCCGAAUGGGGCACCUGGUGUACUGCACUGUGAUUCGUUUUGUGGCAACGUCAUUCUCUGAUGGGACUCAUGGUUCCGGCGCAUUGCGAGGGUCUGGCCGUGAGAUCAACGCUCUUCUUCGAGAGAUCAAUGACCUAUGGGUGCGGCGUGGCGCCAGCGAGCAUAAAAUUUCUGUUUCCGCAUCCAAUUUGCGGCCGACAAUGGCAACGGCCAUGACGGACAGAAGUCCCGUUCAACCGCAUGUGAGUCCCACCGUCCCGGCGGCAAGGGAGGACACACCCCGAGGCCCUGUAAUCACAAAAGAGCUGCCGGUACUCACGGAUAUUGCGUGCACUCUGCAGGAGUUGGAAGAAGAGCUGUUCAAGCUGUCAGCCGAUGAGGCAGCAGUGACUGAGCCUCCAAAUAACGCAUGUAUUCGCGGAUUGAAACUGGAGAAUGAAAAUGAUGAAAAUGAAAAGGGUGCUGUUCUAUCAUUUAAUGGGCCAAGCGAGCCACGGCAUGAGGCCAUGAAUUCUGCAGCUGCGGAAUCCCCAGCCGCAUCUUGUUUCUUUGAAUCUCUGUGUCACCAUGAAAACCUCUCAUGUUGGAUGGAUGCUGAAGAAACCAAACCUUUACACAACUCCAUUACACUACAAGUAUCCAAAUCUUCUGACCGCACUUUUGUUUUGGAACUUCGGGAGCAACCUCUAUGUGCGAGAGACGUAGUUCUUGCGGUGAGUCAGGCCUUGAAUGAAGUGGAAUCUUUGACGGAAUUAAGCGAGGGCCUUGUUGUAGUGUUCCGUUCAGUAUCCGGCAUUUUUUUCUUUACCCCGCAGCUUUCAGAACUGGAGGUGAGUUAUUUAGCUCGUGCAGAGUUGCUGAGAGCAAAGGAACGUCUUUUUUGCCGCAUGCGGGAAGCCAGACUUUGUGGAGUGUCUUUCAUAGCAGAGUUGAAUCAUUCCGCAUUUAAUAUUGGCGCGGAGUUAUUUUUUAUGUGUGACAGCAAGCUCAUACCGGAAUCUGGGGUAUGCGGCAGGGUCGCAAAGGUUGGAUUUCCUUCUGUGUCAGCUGGAGUCUGGCCGGCGCCGUGUGUGGUACAGUGCAUAUCCAGUCUUCUGGGCUACGGAGAGAAGGUUGGUCUGGUGGUUCCCAUUAUGCACACAAUUCCAUGGAGUGAGUUGAGUGAAAGAUAUCCUCAACUCUUACAGUCGGGUUGCACCUCGCAGCGGUUGCAGGAAAAGGUAUAUCGACUGUUCAACUUGCAGUGGGAUCGUCUUUGUGAGUUAUUGGGGUGGGGAACAGAUCGAUCUGCCAAAGAGAAUCGCGUGGAUUUUUUGAUGCGCCACUGGGACAAUUACUGUGCAUUGGUGGAUACGACUCAAGGUGGCACAAAUUCGGUUCUUGAUUUUGCUGCUGCUUCCCGGGGUAUCAGCAUGUAUGUAACACUUCUGGGAACGAGCGAUUUUUGUAACGCGGCGUCAGUGACCAUGGCGCUUCGUCGUAUGCGACAUCGAGUGUUAAAUCCACCACCACGGGGAAGCAUUAUUGAAUUACGGGCAACCGAUAUGAGCAGCGUUACGGUGGGCGAAUCGUUUUGUGUCUUUACCGAAGCUUCUUCGCCCGAAACGGUUCGUUUUAUUGCGGAGCAUCGCAGUUUCAGCGGAAAUGGCGUGAUCAAAAGUGCUUUGCUGAUGGGAGAAAUAGAGGGCGUGAAGGAUGCAGCUGACUUGUUGGAUUGCGCUGUGGUUGCUACUAAUCUACGUCCGUCGAAAUUGUGCACAUUGGGUGAGGGCGGGAAUAUGGUGGAGGUUCAGCUUCUCUGCUCUCCACAUGUACGAAAAAUUCAACAGAGGGAGGCACUCUCCUCCGCCUUGGCGUAUCUGCAGUCAAAGGGCAUACCGUACAUUGUCAGUAAGGGGGAUGCUGGAAAUCGCCUUGUGGCUGCCCUUUCUCUAGAGUUGUGUCGACUGGCCACGGAGGCGGAGAUGCGGCUGAUUGACGCCGUCGCAAGAGAAGAAUUGCGAUUUAGCAGCAACCCAUUUCAGCUGCUUGAUUGCCAUGGUAUGAUGUACAUUACAAAGGUGAUGGGACGGCAUCCACAUUUGGCGGACGAGAGGCGAGUUCCGCCAAUAACGAGGCGAGUAUUGUCGGCAAUGGAUGCAGAGGGUUUUGGCGGUGAGGGUGUUCACCGCGGGGGAUUUUACAACUGUUAUGGAAGCCUCAAUCCGGAGAUUCGAACAGAGUUCUUGAGGCGGAGAAAAUUAUCACGGAGCGAUAUUUUCCUGCGGCUCUUGUUUGCUCUUGUGAAUGAAAGUUGUCGCAUGCUGCUGGAGGGUUGUGUUGAAACGGUAAAUGAUAUUGAUCUUCUUUCCAUUGGCGCCUUAACGUUGAAUUUGUCAACGGGUGGCCUCCUUUCGUACGUGGACAGCGGUAUCGGAUGCCUUGCACUGCUGCGCAACAUGAAUUACCUUUCAAGGGAUAUGGGCGUCACGGACCCACCUUCCCCGCUGCUGCAGGUGAUGUUGGAGGCGGGUGAAACAUUUCGCACCCUCUCCCCAGAAACUUUAUACCAAGCGAGACAAAAAUUUGUGGGGGGGAUUUGA